AAUAAGCACCAGAGGAGCAGCUCGUCCUCACCACCACUCUCUUCUUCUUCGUCACCAAAGCUUCCAAGAGCCUGCAUUCAUGGGUUCGGCUGCGAGCGAAACGGAAAGAGAUGUGCUCAAAUCGCUGGUGUUCAAAGAAUCCGCAGCACUUGAAUCGUUAAAAAUCGGCGGCUACGACUUCAACAACGGCCUCGACCUCACCGGCCUCCUCAACUCCCUCGUCUCUACUGGUUUUCAGGCCACAAAUCUGGGAGAAGCCAUGGAAGUCGUCAACCAGAUGAUAAGCUGGAGGUUGGCGGAUGAGGAAGUAGCAGUUGAUGGAAGUGAGGAGACGGAUCGGGCUUUUAGGGAGUCUGUGAAGUGCAAGAUAUUUCUUGGCUUUACAUCUAAUCUCAUUUCGUCUGGGGUUAGAGAGACUAUAAGGUUUCUGGUGCAGCAUCGCAUGGUGGAUGUGCUGGUGACGACUGCUGGCGGUAUAGAAGAAGAUUUCAUUAAAUGUCUGGCUCCUACUUUCAAAGGGGAUUUCUCUCUGGGAGGAACAUUUCUGCGCUCCAGAGGAUGGAAUAGGAUUGGCAACUUAUUGGUGCCUAAUGAUAAUUACUGCAAAUUUGGGGAUUGGAUUAUGCCUAUUCUCGACAAAAUGCUCGAAGAGCAAAUUAAUGAGAAAGCGCACUGGACGCCAUCGAAGGUGAUUGCCCGUUUGGGAAAAGAGAUAAACAAUGAGAGUUCAUAUUUGUAUUGGGCGUCCAAGAAUGGCAUACCAGUCUUCUGCCCGGCAAUCACCGAUGGUUCGAUAGGGGACAUGCUUUACCUCCACUCAUUGCGCAAUCCUGGCCUCAUUAUAGAUCUCGUUCAAGACGUGAAGGCAAUGGACGAGGAAGCUGUUCAUGCAAGCCCUAGAAAGACUGGAGUCUUAAUACUCGGAGGAGGAGUUCCAAAGCACCAUAUCUGUAAUGCCAACAUGCUUCGUAACGGUGCAGAUUAUGCCGUGUUCAUCAACACCGCUCAGGAAUUCGACGGCAGUGAUUCUGGAGCUCGGCCUGAUGAAGCUGUGUCUUGGGGAAAGAUUAAAGGCACUGCAAAAACUGCUAAGGUCCACUGUGAUGCUACUAUUGCAUUUCCUCUGCUGGUGGCUGGUACAUUUGCAAAAAAAAUCAACAAAGCAGCAGCUCAGGCCAAUGGGAUUAAAGCUUAAAAAGGUACCUUUUAUGAUAUGAGGAUGACGUAUCUAAAUAACCAGGGAACUAUAAGAAGUCUAUCUGGAAGUUGAGUGACUGCUAAUUAGUAUCCAGGAUUUAGCUAAUAAUAAGCUAGGUUCUAUCUUUGAGUUUCAGACUGUAUUGUAAUGGAAUAUUAUCUUAAUUUAAAAAAUUAAGUAUUGGUUAUUA